UAAGGUAUUUGCUUUGGGCCUUUAACGUUUUCUUUGUCAGUAAUUCAGUUCUAUUUCGAAUGAUCCUUGUUUAAUUGAUUUUCAUUUGCAUACUUCAUUCGGUCGCGAAAUUUUACGAAGCUUGAAGUCUGAAUAAUCAUCAUUGACUCUACUAAUCUGACAAAUGGACAUUGAUUCGAAAUCACUAGAGAAUUCUGCAUCGAUUAUGCAAACAGCCACUGAGUUGAAGAGUAAAGAAACAGACCACAUUUCCAAUACAAUGGAGAAACUGAAUAUAGCUGAACCGUCUUCAAGCUUUAAGAGAAAACCAGUUGUCAUAAUUGUUGUAGGAAUGGCAGGGAGUGGAAAAACUACAUUUCUUCACCGCCUAGUUAGUCACACAAUGGCAUCAAAUAUUCAGGGUUAUGUUAUCAAUCUUGAUCCCGCUGUCUUGACUCUUCCAUACGGUGCAAAUAUUGAUAUAAGGGACACUGUUCGGUACAAGGAGGUCAUGAAGCAAUUCAAUCUUGGACCCAAUGGAGGAAUUUUGACUUCUCUUAACUUGUUUUCAACAAAGUUUGAUGAGGUUAUAUCAGUAAUCGAGAAACGUGCUGAUCAGCUUGACUAUGUUCUGGUUGACACUCCUGGCCAAAUUGAGAUUUUCACUUGGUCUGCAUCUGGAGCGAUUAUUACAGAAGCUUUUGCCUCAACAUUUCCUACAGUGAUUGCUUAUGUUGUUGACACGCCACGCUCAGCAAGUCCAGCUACCUUCAUGAGCAAUAUGCUAUAUGCCUGUAGCAUCCUCUACAAGACCCGGUUGCCGAUGGUACUGGUGUUCAACAAGACAGAUGUGGCUCAACAUCAGUUUGCUCUGGAGUGGAUGGAAGAUUUCGAAGUAUUUCAUGCAGCACUAGAUUCAGACCACUCUUACACAUCAACCCUGACCCGAAGUCUCUCCCUUGCUCUGGAGGAGUUCUAUAAAAAUCUCAGAUCCGUUGGAGUGUCUGCAGUGUCUGGUGCUGGAAUGGAUGCAUUCUUUAAGUCUAUUGAAGCCAGCUCCGAAGAGUACAUGGAAACUUACAAGGCUGAUCUUGACAAGAGACGGGAAGAGAAGCAGCGCUUGGAGGAAGAACGUAGAAAGGAAAACAUGGAAAAGCUGAGAAAAGACAUGGAGAAGUCCCGGGGUGAAGCUGUGGUAUUGAACACUGGUUUGAAGGAUGUAAAACAGGACGAUAAGAGCAUGGUGAUUGAUGAGGAUGAUGAUUAUGAUGUGCUCAGUGAGGAUGAUGCAGAUGCCAUAGAUGAGGAUGAAGAUGAAGAUGAAGAUGAAGAAGUUGCCAGUUUUUCGUUUUGAGACCAUAAGUCGUUGAAAAAAUGAGUGACUUUUGUACUCUGACUAAAUGAAGUAAAAUCAAUGGAAGAUACUGUUGUGGCAAUGCAUAUGAGCUCAACAUCUGAAAAGGUUGUCCUUAUAAAUGUAACCUUAAAUGUUGUGCCAACCAAAAUUAUUGACAUAUUUCGCAUGAAGAAUGAACUCAAAAGGGAUUU